AUUGGCCGUAGGACGCUGGCCACUGCAAUCGCAAUUCCUCCCCCUCUGUGCUAUAUAUAACCCGUCCCUCUCCUUAAUUUCUCACUCACCAUCUCCACUGAAAAUGUUGUCAUCACCACCACCACCUCAUUUUUUCUUUGUUGCAGCUUUGCUGUUCGUUUCUCACUUCACCACCACCGCCUCCUCCUCCUCCUCCUCCUCUUCAUCGCAGACCCUAAACACGCACGCUGAAUACAUGAUCAACCCCAAACUCCCACCAAGAGCGCUCUCUUCCUCGAAGAAAUUCGAGGGCUCCUCCAACCUCGUCCACCUCCGCUACCAUAUGGGUCCCGUCCUCUCUUCCUCCCCCAUCAACAUCUACCUCGUCUGGUACGGCCUCUGGUCUCGUUCCCACAAGCUACUUAUCAAAGACUUCAUCCUCUCACUCUCCCCCUCCACUCCCGCCGCCCCAUCACCGUCGGUCUCGGAAUGGUGGCGGACAGUCUCGCUCUACACCGACCAGACUGGCGCCAAUGUAUCCCGAACAGUCCUCAUCGCAGGCGAGUAUUGCGAUCUCAAAUACUCCCACGGGACCCAACUGACCCGUCUCAGCAUCCAGCAAGUCAUCGCUACCGCCGUCAAGUCCGCGCCUUUCCCCGUGGAUCACCAGAAUGGCGUUUACCUCGUUCUCACUGCCCAAGAUGUCGUCGUCCAGGACUUCUGCCGCGCCGUCUGCGGCUUCCACUAUUUCACAUUCCCGUCCAUGGUCGGCUCCACGAUUCCCUACGCCUGGGUCGGAAACUCCGCCAAGCAGUGCCCCGAGGUGUGCGCAUACCCCUUCGCUUUACCGGGUUACAUGGCGGGCGGUGGUCCCGGGGCUCUUCGACCGCCAAACAAGAACGUCGGCGUGGACGGCAUGAUCAGCGUGAUCGGACACGAGCUGGCCGAACUGUCGUCGAAUCCAUUGGUCAACGCGUGGUACGCCGGGGAAGAUCCCACGGCACCGACGGAGAUCGGGGACUUGUGCGAAGGUUUGUACGGUACGGGAGGCGGUGGUGGGUAUAUAGGACAGGUAAUGAGGGAUAGGGUGGGGAGGACAUUUAAUCUGAAUGGGAGGAAUGGAAGGAGGUUUCUGGUGCAGUGGAUCUGGAGCCCUGCUUUGCAGGCUUGUGCUGGUCCUAAUGCUUUGGAUUAGCCACUUCUUUCUUGAUCGGCUAUGCUUUAGCUUACCUUAAUUUUUUUUUUUAUUUUCCCUUGUGGGGUUUUCUAGAUUUCAGUUGUUUAAGAGUUCAUCUUCAUGAAUGGGGUUUUAGAUUUUUUGUUGUUUUUUUC